CUCAGAUGAGAAAGUUUCGAUCACGAUGAUCGAGAACCACGUUCCAACCUAACGAAUCUAAAGAAAACCCCAGCGCUUCUCUCACCUUCGCCGGCGAGAAAGCACGGCGCGGCGGUGAUUAUCUCCGGCGAUCGAUUUCAAGUCUAGGGUUCCAUCCUUUCUGGAGAUUCUUCUCUCCAAUAUCUUGAUCUCAAUCUCCUAAUCUUUCCUCCAGGUUUGUGAAUUCAAUCAGCGAGGAGAUGAAUUGAGAGUUGUGAAUUUUGAUGUUUGGGAUUUAUAGUCGGAUUCGUGUUUGAUAUUGGUAGAAGAAGCCAAAAUCUUUGUUUGUGAGCGCUAAGAUGAUAUACAGACACUCUUCAGGAAGGAAAGGGUUGCAAAUUUCUGCGGAGUUUCUCAUAGGGCGAUGCAAGAAGUUGGUAUCUGGCCAUUCUGGGCAGCAUGUGCUUCCUGGCCAAAGGAACAUCAUGUCUGCUUGCAACUCUCUGCAGGGUUCAUCCGAAUCGGGUGCUCGAACAGUGAUUAGCAUGGAAGGGAACAUUUUGACGAGGAUUCAACUUGGUUAUGGUUGUAGAAGUCUUGAAUCUUGCAAAAGAAAUUUUUUGAGCCGAAGAAAUCAAGAGCCUUUGGAUAAUGUAGUUUACAAGUGUUUUGGAUAUCUUGGUGCCGAGAUGAGUUGGAAAAAGAAUGCUCUUUUGGUAUCUAGGGUGAAGAAUUUUCGAUCCUGGUGUCGUGCACUUUACUCGUCUGGAACGGCUACUACUGUGAGGAUUGAUGGGGCUCCAAGUGUUGAACAUCUUGAGAAUUCUUCAGAGUCCUCUGAUCAGAAGUUGCUGGGUGAUAGAACAUUGAAGUUGCUCUCUGGAUCAUGUUACUUACCACACCCAGAUAAAGAGGAAACUGGGGGGGAGGAUGCACAUUUUAUAUGUGUUGACAAGCACGCUAUUGGUGUUGCAGAUGGUGUUGGUGGCUGGGCACACCAUGGUGUUGAUGCAGGGCAGUAUGCCAGAGAGCUCAUGUCAAAUGUAGUAAUGGCUAUUAAAAAGGAACUCAAAGGUUCUGUCGAUCCUGCUAAGGUGUUAGAGAUGGCUUACUUGAGUACAAAGGCCAAGGGGUCUUCAACAGCAUGCAUCAUUGCUCUCACAGAUCAGGGCAUUCACGCUGUUAACCUAGGCGACAGUGGGUUCAUUGUGAUAAGAGAUGGGUGUACUAUUUUCCGGUCACCAGUACAACAACAUGAUUUUAACUUCACUUAUCAACUUGAAAGUGAUAAUGGAAGCGACCUACCUAGUUCUGCACAGGUAUUUACUUUCCCCGUCUCAUCCGGAGAUGUUAUAGUUGCCGGCACUGAUGGGCUGUUUGACAACCUGUACAACAACGAGAUCACUGCAGUUAUAGUUCACGCCGUCAGGGCGGGCCUUGAACCUCAAGUGACCGCACAGAAGAUAGCCGCUCUUGCUCGCCAAAGAGCACAAGAUAAGAACAGACAGACACCCUUUUCAACAGCAGCUCAAGAUGCUGGAUUUCGGUAUUAUGGAGGAAAACUCGACGACAUUACUGUCAUCGUAUCUUAUGUCAUUGCGUCUAUUUCUUAGAUCAACCAGUCGGAUUGAUUAUUUUGGAGACGAUCUUCAUAUAUUCGAAGAAAGUUUGUAAACGUAAGUAACUCUUUUUUGGUGAUGUGCAUAGUUCAUCGAUUUCGUAUACCAGAGAAAAGAACAUUAUCAAGAACUCUUUAAUGUUCAUUCUAGUUCAAUCAUCACGUCCUUUUGCAAUUGAAAUGGAAAUUAUUUAUAUAA